CUGAAAGUUUGUUAUUGAAUGCGAUCAUAUCGGCCCAGUGACACAGGACGCGCUUUCAACGGCCACACUCGUCCCAGCAGCUUCUAAGAUUGAGUCACACCAGCAGUUCAUAUAAAAAGCCAUGUCUCGUAACUGCGCCAUAGUCCUGAUGGUGUGUGGAUUCGCCGCCCUGACUCCGCUUCCCGCCGCCCGCGCGCAGGCUCUGUCUUCCUCAUACGACGCAUCAGCACCAGCGGCAGAGAGUAGGAGUGGGUGGGAUGCAUUAGGUGGGCUGUACGCAUUGCUGGCACAGCACGACGCGCUCGGCGGCCAUGCCCUCGCGCGCAAGUCCGUGCGCUCGCCGUCGCGCCGGCUGCGCUUUGGCCGUCGCUCCGACCCCGACAUGCCUCCGCAAGCGCCUCUGGACGAGAUGGAAGAGUUGAUGUCACUCCGCGAGGUCCGUACACCCGUUCGCCUCCGCUUCGGCCGCCGCUCCGACGAACGCGCCGUGCCGCACAUUUUCCCGCAGGAGGAGCAAGACCGCGACGUGCGUGCCCCGUCGAUGCGCCUGCGGUUCGGACGCCGAUCUGACAACAACAUGUUUUUAAUGCCCUACGAGUCCGCAAUCCCUAAAGAAGUGAAAGCCAACGGCUCCACCGAAGACGACAGGCAGCAGGAUUAAACUACCGCCAACCACACGUCUGUUCUAGCUCUAAUGUCCGCUCCGUACAAAUAUCCACAGUUAUAAUAUAAUAAUAUAAGCAACAUACAUCUUACGUGUCAAAUUCAAAAAUACUUAUCAAUUUUGAAAUGUUAUUUCAGCAUAAUUAUAAGCUAUGUGUACAUAAUAAUCUACUUAAUAGUGUAUUGAAUGUUGUUGAAAUGUUAAGACUCCUAUUUUCGCUCCUUCUUUUUCACUUUUUUAUUUCAUCCAAUCUAUGAACUGUGAUUAUCCGGCAUUUUCCCUUACCUCUAUACUUUUAUCGUAGGUAACUUUACUCUAGUCAAUAUUAUAAUUAAGACUGUUUCUAUUUUUAUUUAUUCUCUAGUAUUAUAUAUUUGUAACUAUUUGGACUUUUCAGCGAAGAGUUGUACAUUUUAAGAGCUGGGCAAAUGUAAAACUGCUUCGCCUUUUAAUUGUUUAACAGAAUUGUUUCAAUGUUUUUUGAACACCGUCUACAUUUUUUAAUAUUAAACAAAUGCAUAAUAUUAUUAACAAUAAGUGUAAUAAACUAUGUUUAAUUUUGUAUAGAUAUUAUAUAGUAAAUUGAUGAGUUGAAAUAUAAAAUAUUGU